AUGGCAUUCCAAGGGAAUACUGGACUUGGAACUGAACUCGCGAUUACAGAAAUUAAAGAUAAGAUUAAUGAAUUACAAAAUAUCCACAAGUUCAAUAUUCCUACAGUAGAAGCAAACAAUCAAACAAUUCAGACUGAGCCAGCGAGGAGACCUACCCAAAGUAAUACAAAAUCCAAUGCAGAAGUUACUAGUACUCCUCGUUAUGCUAUGAUUGUUGAAUCCAUUGAUCCACGCUCGACAUGUGAAGACAUUUUAAAACAAGUAAAAAAGGAUGUUGAUCCUGUGGAACUGGGAAUACGAGUAAACAAAAUAGCCAAACUAAAAAAUCAGCGAGUGGUGAUCAACUGUGAUUCCCAACAGGACAGACAUCUUUUAAAAACAGCCAUCCGAGAUACCUGUGACAGAUUAACAGUAUCGACGCCAGCAACCAAAAAUCCCCAAUUGCGACUGGUAGGUGUCAUAAAUGACCUUGAUGAUGUGAAACUUGCCAAAGCAAUUACAAGUCAAAAUCGUAGCUUAAUAGAAGGAUUAACAGAGGACCAAAAAGCCGUUAAGGUCAUACGUAGGGCUAAGGGAAGAACUAGAGAAGUGAUUAAUGUCAUACUUGAGGUUUCACCUCAAAUAUGGAACAACUUGAAAAACCAAAAGUUGCGAAUAGGCUAUCAAGUUGUCUCAUGUGCUGACCAAUCACCAUUGACACAAUGUUACAAGUGUCUGAGCUUUAACCACAAAGCUAAAGAUUGUCGCAAUAGUCUUUGUUGUGGAUACUGUGCUGAGGGGCAUGACACAAGAGAAUGCCAAAACCGAAACAGUGUUCCCAAAUGUUGCAAUUGCAUAAAAGCAAAACGAAAUGAUAUUUUGCACCCAGCAUACAGUCCAGAAUGCCAAGAAUGGCAGAAAUGGGACAGUAUUGCAAGAUCGUCUGUUUCAUGCUGCUAA